ACAGUUGGGCAAAGGAAUACAAGACUACAGCAGGAAUACAGCAUUGAAGUUUGGACUAUUUUACCACGAGGUGGCGACAGAUACUUACUUUUUGUGGUAAAGAAUUCUGGUAAAGGAAUCUUUAGUUUAAAAACAAUUUAUUGAGACAUUAAUACAUCACAAAAGUAACCUCAUAAUUUAUUUUAGUUGAAGAGUAAUAAACGACAUUACAAGUAAAAUGCAAGCUAUUAGACAAUGCUCUGCUUGUGCUACUGGGGGACUUCUACAAAGUCGGACGGACUUCCUUUUGCUCCGGACCAAUAUGGCCGCGCUCAGAAGAAGCGUUGCAUGUCUCAAUUUCUUCAGGUAAAUAACUUUAUAAUAACAACUGCAUCAUUGCACCCUAAUGAAUUGUAUUCGUAUGCAAACAGAAACAGUUUCGUCUAAGAUAAAUAUCGAAUUGCUGUAACCACUGUAGCUUUCUAAUAUCAGUGUUGUUGUUUCCUCUUAAUACCUUGCAGGAGCACAGCAGCGAGUGUCCUCAACAGUAGGAAGCCCUCGCGCCAGAGGCUCGUGCGUUUCACAGAUGUUACCAGAACGAGCUUGGCCUGUUUGAGUGUUGGCAGUGGAUUGAGCGCUGUCCCCUUCAUACAGGUACAGGACCAUUUUCUCUCUCUCUCUCUGUGCGCGCACGAGCGGGUCACUCAUCACUGUCUAUUAGUGUCAUUGAAUAAUGCUGAAUAACUUGAAUAAGGCUGACAUCAUAUACAUGAAUGCCUUAAUCAUAGAAAUCCCCCUUUUCAGCUCAUAUAUUAAACUUGUCUGUUUCUCUCUCUAUCCAGCAAGUGGAGAACCUCUCUCAUGAAUCCCUGAUCCGAAGAGCAUCCUCUAUGGUUACAGACAGUGCAAACACUUACCUCUCCCAGACCACUCAGGCUCUCGUAGACUCCAUCACACAGUAUGCCAAAGUAAGUACCUGAAGGGAUCAUAGUGGUUUUUUUGUUAUCGUGUAUGCUAAGAUGUAUAGCGUGAUAAUUAUAGCCAUAUGAAAUAUCAAAUGUGAAUUUUACCAGUAAGGCAAUGGCAUCAUGCUACCUAAAUGACCCUUCAUGCUUUUGACCAUGUGUUUGUUCAUGUGUUCGUUUUGUUUGCAUUGUCCUCAGGCUCUCCAUACCCUCAUCGCCCUGCAGAGGAGAUAUCUGGCUUCACUGGGAAAACUCUCCACUGCUGAGGAGGAUGCCAUUUGGCAAGUGAUCAUUGGCCAGCGUGUUGAAGUAGGUGUAUGAAAUGUGUACUCAAAUACACAAAAAAUACACUGUUGUCUUACAAAGUCAUAUUUCAGAAGAAAAAAAGAAUACUGUAUUUUUGUAUCCAGCCAUCUGGAAAAGCUAUGUCUUUAGGGUGUCUUGUUUAUUUCCAAAUAACAUUUAACUUGAUUUACUAUCUCAAUUAGUAAACGCUUUAGUUACCCCUGUUUGCCGUUCAAUGUUUGUCAUUUAUGUUCUAAAAGUAAAUACAGUUUGAGCUCUAUAAACCUCUCAUGAAAGUAAUAAAAUGUUCUGAUGGAUUUCUCUCUCUCUCUCUGUUCUCAGGUUGGUGACAGACUAGAUGAAUGCAACCGCUUUGAGUCAAACUGGAUUAAUGCCAUCAACCUGUGUGAAAUGGCAGCUGAGGCAGCGUACAACACAGGUAUGUUUAUUACCAGUGCCAUUACUGAAAAGGUUGUGUUAAACAUGUGUGUGACUGUUGUCUAUCAGUGUGGUCCUCUGUAGCUCAGCUGGUAGAGCACGGCGCUUGUAACGCCAAGGUAGUGGGUUCGAUCCCCGGGACCACCCAUACACAAAAAAUGUAUGCACGCAAGUCACUUUGGAUAAAAGCAUCUGCUAAAUGGCAUAUUAUAUAUUAUUAUUGUUACUUGUCGUGUUUUAUGUUUUUGUGUGGACCCCAGGAAGAAUAGCUGCUGUUUCGGCAAAAGAUAACGGGGUCCGACUAAACCAAUACAACCUGUUUAUCACUAAAAAUAGGAACUGAACCACAACCUUGAAUUGCACAACAAUGAUACAUACACAAGCUAGUGUUAGUGUUGUGUAGUACCUGAUGCUCCCUGCUCCCCAUGACAGUCAAUAGUCCUCAGUCAGCACUGAGAUUCUCACACAGACAUGAACCUGUCAGUGCAGUAAUAAACCUGCUAGCUCUGAGAAAGGCCCCCAAAAUGUUCGUUUUGUGUAUCUCUGUCUUACUACUUUGUAGUUUGCUGUUUGUGCCCCCUCUUUUUCAAGAGCUGUCAGUCUCACACUUUGACCAAUGUAUGGAUCAGUAGCUGUUAGUGAAUAGGGCUCUGUGAUGGUAAAGAAGACUAAAACCUCCAGGUCACCAUUAACUCUAAUUCCCAUGAUGCAGCACAAUAGAGAGAUGAUGGACAGGGCCACCUGCUCAUUGUCACCCGUUAUCACCAUGGAUUGAAUGUUUCAUCUUUGGCCCUUUUCUCUGUUAUGGUGAAAUUUGACUAACUAAGACCACCGUCUUGUGUUUGUUUCCCAGGAGCUGAGCAUGCAUCCGUCACAGCCAAGACCAAUUUGCAGGUGGCCAAGGUUCAGGUGGAGGAGGUACGGCAGAUAUCUGUGGAUGCUGAGAGGAAGCUGGCUGAGACCCAGGCCGAGGAGAUCCAGAGGAUGGCAGAGUAUGCCUCCUUCAUAGAGAGUGGUGGUGAUGACGUGCAUGAGGCUUACCUCAGAGAGGACUAAGACUAAUCCUGAGAGUAAAACAAGUUUGACUAAUUUAUUGUGGUUUAAAUCCUCAACAAGUAGACAGUACACAGUCCACCAUUUGAGAAGUUCAGGAGUUUUGAGUCUUUGGGGUUGUUGUUUAUAUUAAAUUAUGAUGAUCAACAAAAAACAUGUAGAGAAUUUAGUGCUGAAUUGAAUAACACAAAUCUUAUUGAAUAACAUAAGUCAUUAUAUUUUAGAGGAUGUAAUGUCAUGCUUCCUUGUUUAUAAAGCUAAAAUUGUGAAUUACAUUUGACUUGAUUACAAUUUCAUGCACUUAUUUUAAUUUAAACUGUAACACUAAAGUAUAAUCUUUAUUUGAAUACAGCUUUGAAUGUCAACUUCAAGUCUUUAAACUGAAAAUAAUAAUUGACAAUUAGGGUGUCCUAAGUGAAUUGUAUGGACUAUGGUCAACAUAGCAGUACAGUACGGUUGCAUUUGUUUAUUUGUAUUUUAUGAUAUGUAAAUUAACUACCGGUAACUUUAUAAUAAAAAGUAUAUUUUUCAUAUAGCUAUUUGGAUUGUAUUCUGUUUCUUUUAGUUUGUUGGAAAUUUUCUCAGAAUGAAUAUACUUGUCGUUAUAGAUUUGUAUACUCAAAGUUUACGAAACAAUUUAGCUGAAGAAUAAAAAACGAAACAAUUGUCUAACUUUUAAUGAGAAGGAGGGAAGUUAAUA